UGUGACGGUUAAAAUUGAAAAAAAAAACAGCAAUCAUUUAAGGAAGAACUUUGCAAAAACUGUGCUGUAGAAAAUCACCACGAUGGAUGAUUAUGAUACCGUCGAAUACUUUAACACUGCAAACGAAACCUUGUGCUUCGGAACGAGAUGUUUCUCAGAUGGUGGUUCACUGUAUGAAACUGCAACUCUGUGUGUUUUGAGAGGCAAUGAAGAUGUUGUUGAUGAUACACUACCUGAAUUUCAUUCAGAAAUCUAUAAUGGCAAAUUGAUAUUUACCAUUGGCAAGUCCAUUAGGAUUUUCGAGGAUCUCAAUUGCACAUCACUUAUUUUCAAUGCCAAGUUGGAGGAGACAAUUGACACCUUCUGCAUAUACUUGAAUUAUGUAUUGGCCUGCCUUAGGAAUGGUGGUAUUGUGCUUAUAGAUGUAGAAAACUUAAGUAUAGUAACAACUUCAUUAGUGGUUCAAAAUGUUUGGUUUAAAGAUAUGUACUUUAUACAUGUAUUUGCAGAGGAAUCUAGCUCUAAGGAUGUAUUGAAUUUCAUUGUAACUAAUAAGAAAGGGAUUGUCUAUAGGAUUUCUAUUAAUUUGAUGGCUGAAGAAAAUGUUGAAUCAGCCAUAGAAACAAUUGUAAAUUUGGAUAUGCCCAUUACAUAUGCUGCAAAAUUGAAUAAUGUGUUGGCCUUGUGUGGAAAUAAUUUGAUAUUUUACAACUUUGCCAGUGAUAAGCAUGAAGUGUUUAUUGAUGACAAUUUGAAGUUCAAGGAAAUAUAUCCAUAUCAUCCAAAGAAAUUCAUCGCCUUGACUGAAGAGAAUAACGUCGUUCUAAUAUGCGCUUCAACUGGAACAUAUUUUAAUCUUUUCUCGCAUGAUUAUUUCCAAAAGAUUCUUUUCUACCAAGACGAUUUAGAUAACAAUAUUUGUUUAUUGGUAACGCAGCCGGGCAAAGAUGGUAAUUGCAUUUUGAAAGCGGUGAACAUGUGCGAUAACUCCAUAAUCUAUUCUUUGACGUUGAAGAAGGAGUUGGUUCUAUCUCUUGUUUAUCCUCAGAACUUUAGCGAUUCUCAGCUAUACAUAUCCAAGUUUUGUGAUCAAGAGAUCCGAAUAAAAAUUGUUUAUGAAGCUAUACCCGAGAAAAGACUGGAGCGUCUGCUGAGGGCGCAGAAAUUUGAUGAAGCCGAGGUCUUUGCAAAGCAAUUUUCUCUGGAUUUAGUGGAAGUGAAGAAGGCCAGAGCAAAUGUGAUUGCAAAUAAAGAGAGAUGCACAUCGAACGAGGUCGAUCAGUUGAUGAGCAUCAUUUCAGAAAUCGAGGACAUAGAUUUCAAAUUCGAAUGCUGCUUUAAAUUGACAUGCGACAAUUUCGAAGACGUGAGGAAGAUUAUAACGUACGCCCUCGAACAGGAUCCGAAGGAACUCGUUUACAAAGACAUUAUUCCCAGACUUUUGUACUUCAGCGAGAUCAUGCAUAAGCUGGACACUUACUCAAUUUUGUGCAAAUACAAUGAAUUCGAUUUCAUCAGUUGGAACGAUUUCAGCACAUGCAAUUUUUACGACUACUUGUGCGAAAACCUGUCGCAAGGACAAUUCGAGAUGUGCUCCAUUUUAUAUUCGAGAAUGGAUCGCAACUUUAUAAAAUCAUUGGAAGCGAGCGACAUUUCGAAAAUACUGCAGCUUUUGAAUAAAUACUCGCACGAAAUCUAUUUUCCAUUUCUGCUCACAUUCAUGGAUAAAACUCUUUUGUACAACUCAACGUCAAUUCACAAGUUCGUCGAAUGGAUCCAAGAUAGAGUUCUUUAUAUAGAAUACAGGGACUUUGAGAAUUUCCCAGAAAAUGCGAUUGAAUUUUUAGAUAAAAUGCUAAAAUGCAUGAAAAUCAGCAACGCAGCGAACCCGGAUAUAGAAAGGAACUGUCCGACGACCAGGACCAAAUCGUAUUACGAGGAGCUCAAUUCCAUAGUCAAAUGCUUGAAAAUAAUUCAGAUAUUGAAGAACAACUACAUGAUCUUAGUUCCGCUUAAUAAUUGUCUAGGGGGAUCCUACGAACUGAUUCACGUCCUUAUGAACUGCGAAAUAUCCGAUAUAGAUGCUUUUAUUAAAAAUUUCUUAAUCGGCUAUAUCAUCGAGAACAAUCUCAGUCCAGAUGAAGUAUUCAUGGGCGAAAUCGAUAACAUUAUGGAAGAAGAGGAUGAGACCGUUUGGAUAAAUAUAGUGCCAAGUCUGUGGAAGUACAUCAGCUCUAUGGAAUUGAAGUUGAAUGCGAUGCUCCAAAUAUUGAAGUACGCCCGCUUGCCGUGGGCUCCUUACAUCAAGGAGAUGGCUUACAGUGUGUUGGAUUACAAGCAUUUCUUAGUGGAGCAGAUCAAAAUGGAACUGAAAAGGGAGCCAAUAUAUGUGGUGUGGAAUAAGGAAGAUUAUAAAUUGAAGCAUCUGCCCAUUCAACAAGUGGACGAUUACUUUGCUUUCAUGAGAAUCAUCAAAAGCGGCAAGGAGUCAGUCCAAGAGGAUCUAUACACGCUUAGCACACGUUUUAACAACAAAUCUUUGGCCAACAGAUUGCUGCUAAAUAGUUUCGUUAGGAACAACGAACUUGAAAAGGCUUUAAAGUUCAUAAGCAAACAAGAUGAAAAGGAUCUUCUAGCACACGUGAAUCAAACUAUAUCUUACUGCAAGUUUGGUGGAGCCUCUGAACAAUACGUGCAGAUCAUAGACCCGUUUUUAAAUAAGGCAUGCAGAAGUGAUUCAAUAAAGUUGAAGCAAGACUACCGUCAAUUUGCGCACUGCUUGAAAGCCACAUGUUACCUGAAUAAAAACUAUUCCUUAAAAUUAAAAACCAGCUGCAUCGCAACGCGCAAACAGAGAGACGAAGUGUUGAAGAUUAUUCUGUCUAUGCUGAUAGGAAAUUUGCUCGACAAAACGGAUGGUAUUAUCGAGGUAAUACAGAACUGUGGAAAAGUUGCUUGGGCUCUGAGCAUGGAGCCUGAACAAGUCCUGGUCAGGAUGUGCAACGACUUUUUGGAUUUGGAUCUGCUUACGCAAUGCGCGAUGAACGUAUACGAAAAAUCAUCUAACUCGAAGGUCCUUUGCCAAAUGACUACUUUGAUUUUGAAGAACGUUGGCAAUUUAAAUGAUGAUUCUACUAAUAACGAGUUCGAGAUUAGUAUGAUGGAGGAUAGCAAGAUUUCGAAUAAGUUAGAUUUUCAAUUGUUGAAUUCCUGUCUGCAUUAUGCUAAAAAGAUGGCAACAAAGGCUUUACUGCAUGCUAGUGAUAUGGAAAUCGGAGAUAUUUUCAAUUGGGCCGUAUGUAUUUCUAAUAAUCUAGAAGAGACCAAUAGGAACGAGUUGUGUCUAUUUCCCGAGGUGUACAAAGAAUUUGUAUCGCUAGGCGUAGUCAAUGCAAUGAAAGAAAUUUUCAGCAUAUUCACUAAUUUCAUGAGUACAAGUAAAUUUCCUCCGCAGAUAGAUUUCUAUAUCAACUCGCAUCAACCAGUUGUGAAUAAGGUUAAUUUGAAAGAAACUUUAAACACUAGGUUUCCUAUGAUAAUUCAUAACUUGUGCAGCGAAGGUAAAUUUCUGCACGCCUGUCGAUUUAUUAUAGCGUUGCAAAAUUGCCUCCCGGAGUUUCCGGACGAAAGAGAACUUCUAUCAAAAUAUUUAUUGAAAUGCAACAAACUGUUGAUCCAGAAGAUACUGACUUGUCGUUCCAUCGACGCGUGCUUAGCUUUCGACUUGUUACUAUUUUAUGACUACGAGAAAGCCACUUAUUUAAUAAACUGCGCGCUUUCGAUGUGCAAAAGGGACGUCGACAAGUUCAAAGCUUUAGCGGAGUUGGGCAUCAAAUUGUCGAAGUAUCAUGACAUACUCAACCACAAGCAGUACAAGAAGUACUGCGAUAUGGUGCUACUGAUCAAGUGGUGGAAAAUUAUAAAACAAUGCGUCAUUCCAUACAAAGAUUUCUUCACGAUGAACAAAGACGAAUUGCUCAAGGCAAUAUUGUCCAACAACUACUUUACUGUAGAUCAAAUAAUUGAUUUCUGCGCUGAUUUCUCUUUGAAUGUAGAUCCUUACUAUUACGCGUUUUUGAGGAACAUUUUGGUCAAUUGGAAACCAGUCUGGAGAAUCGAUCUUGACAUUAAACAGAAGAAAUAUUUGGUCAUGGAGAGCUCAGACUUGCUCGAGAAGUGCCUGAACAUCAUCAGUUCAAUACCAGAUAAAGAAUCGGUUUAUAAUUUCGUCAAUAAAUUGCUUACAGAGGUCAACGUUUACCAUUACGAAGUUUUCAUUUGCAUCUAUAAAAUUAUAGCAAUACUGAAUACGAGUAAGAAUAUCUCUCAAAAACUAUGUUUGCUGCAGUUUCUGCAGAGCUUUACACGCAUCGGAAAGCCGAGUACGAGUGAACAGGAGGAAUGGUUCACGCAAUUCCCGAAUACUCAAAAAAUUGAUCCCUUAUCCGAAAUGCGAUUACCAUAUACUUCGACUCUAUACACUAAAGAUAUUUGGAAUAUUUUGAGGUACGAAGCGAAUCUGAACAAUUACCAGAAUUGGUUUAAAAUUUUACCUUUCAUGGGAGAAUAUUUGAACAAAGGUGAUAUAUGCUCCUAUGUCAUCAAAAAUGUGGUAACAAGUGGAGCACUGAAAAGUGAAGGUAAAGUCACUUGGAACUUGCAUCCUCAACACGUUCGUCUCUUCGAGGAAAUAGAUGCUUGCAUUCAGCACAUACCCGCACUGGAAAGAGCAACUUCCGUAGCUUACCAUUUAUUAAAUAACACACCUCCAGGAGCCGAUCAAGUAAAUGCAGCUAGACUGAGUUACAAAUAUGCCAAAUUGUAUAAAGAUGCAGCUCACAAAGAAGAGGAUAAGGAACGAGUGCUUUCAGCGUAUACGAAGAUAGAAUCAAAAUACCAGGGUUAUUCCACCUUGCACAUUUUGCACACUAAUAAUUUAGCACAAGAGAAAUAUUUGAAACUCGUCAAUCAUCCUAAAGAGUUAAUCGAUGCCCUCUAUUUGGAUGAGAGUAUCACCAACAAGGAGACCGUCCAUCACAAAUCUGAUAUUAAUAGAGUCGUUGAUGAGAUUGCCGAGAUCUUCGAUAUCGAUAUAAUGGAACACAGAAAGACAUUAUUAGAACAAUUGUUCACGGGUGAUCAAUAUUUCAACGGUAAUAUGGACGAUUCAUUCAGUUUCAUGAAUACAAACGUGGACACAAACGAAAAAGAUAACAAUUAUUUGAAUAAGGCGUCGUACAUAUGUUCGAGUUCCGAACUUAAGACGUGGCAGCAGUAUUUAGUGAGCAAAGGAAUAUACGAUGAAAACAAGACAGUUUCGCAUAAAUAUCAAGCAAGAAUCUUGAAAUGUUUCUUAGUAAUUUCCGAUGAUGAUAGCUUAGAACAGUUGGCGCAAAGCGACAGAGAGUCAAUGACAGAUUUUAUAAAUAAGCUGUUUAUAAUCCAUGAUCUGCAGAGUCUCGGAAUUGACAUGAAAAUCGAUGAUUUGGAGCACUACAAGGAUAUUCUGAAGAAACUGUCGAAAAUCGCCAACAACAAGUUAGGUUUGCGAUUGAUGGCGUUCAUUUGCAAAGUGUUUAAUGUUUCUGAUAUAAAACCAUGGCAAUUCAUUAUCUACAACAUGAUUAAAUUGAAAAUGUAUGACGAUAUACACGAUUCCUUGGAGUUGUUAGCGGAUAAUGGAAUACCUCAUAUAAAAUGUUACAUCGAUGGGUGGCAAGCGAUUGUGGACAAUCUGUUUAAUCCCAGCAAUAGAGACGAUUUGGAAAAGUAUUACAUACAAAAGUUGAAAACGUUGCAAUCGUGUCCAGUUUUAUAUCGUCUCAAUUUGGAGAAAGCAUUUUACAAAUGCAUUGAACUGAAGAGAUGCGAUUUGGCUGCAAUUAUGCUGCAGUAUUUCCUCGAUGACGAUAUGCAAUACAAGUUGACCGAUUGUUUGUUAAAAACGAAUAAUAAGGAAAACAUAAUCGAAGCAAUAAAUUGCCUGGAAUCGUUUGGAUUGCAAGGAUCGAGCUAUGCUGUGAAAUUACUGAACAAUUAUUAAUAUUUAAAUGUUGU